AUGUGUCGCUGUCGUUUUCUUCGGCUUUUUUUUGCACAUUGUGUAUUGAUUUUGUUGCAUUUAAUUCAUUGAUUUUACUAAAAUUUACAACCCAUAACAGUUAAUUAUUUGAUUUUACAAGAAAAGAUGCAUUCAUGUAUUGAUUGACUCGGCUAGAUUGCUUAAUGUCAACAAAUAUAUUGAAGCAAACUUCGCAGAUUCAGUCGAUAUUCACAUAUAAGUGGUAUAAAAUAUAGCUCUGUGAUAUGGAAAGUACAGAGUUUACUGGAUCAAAAAAUUCCUUGGGAGUUGCAGUAGCCGACGAGCUCAACUCUGAACAGAUUGUACGCUCUGACAACCAAAUUUCUGGGGUCAACUGUUUGGCACGCAUCGAUAUGGACUUAGACGCAUAUCAAACGGAGAGCAUACAUCAUAACUUGACAAACAAUCAGUCAGGGUUUCGUUGGAAACGCGUCCUUAACCCAACCGGUCCCCAACCGCGACCGCGACAUGGCCACCGUGCAAUAAAUAUAAAGGAACUUAUGGUAGUUUUUGGUGGUGGUAAUGAAGGAAUUGUGGACGAGCUGCACGUUUAUAAUACAGUUACUAAUCAAUGGUAUGUGCCGGUGCUGAAAGGUGAUGUGCCAAACGGAUGUGCAGCUUAUGGGUUUGUCGUGGAAGGAACACGCAUGUUUGUUUUUGGCGGCAUGAUUGAAUAUGGGAAAUAUUCAAAUGAGCUCUACGAACUUCAGGCAACCAAGUGGGAGUGGAGAAAAAUGUAUCCGGAGUCACCAGAUAAUGGCUUGUCACCAUGUCCCCGCUUAGGUCACAGCUUUACAAUGGUGGGGGACAAAAUAUUUCUCUUUGGCGGAUUGGCAAAUGAAUCGGAUGACCCAAAAAAUAAUAUUCCAAAAUAUCUGAAUGAUUUGUAUAUAUUGGAUACUCGUGGGGUACACAGUCACAACGGAAAAUGGAUAAUUCCUAAGACAUUUGGAGAUAGCCCUCCACCACGCGAGUCUCACACUGGAAUAUCCUUUACAAGUAAAGAUACUGGCAAGUUAAGCUUGCUGGUAUACGGAGGAAUGAGUGGCUGUCGUUUGGGCGACUUAUGGUUACUUGACACUGAUUCCAUGACAUGGGAAAAACCACGUACUAGAGGCCAAGCUCCACUUCCGCGUUCAUUACAUAGCUCGACAAUGAUUGCAAACAAGAUGUAUGUUUUUGGCGGAUGGGUGCCAUUGGUGAUUAAUGACUCAAAAGCGACCACUGAGCGGGAAUGGAAAUGCACAAACACACUGGCCGUUCUCGAUUUAGAUACAAUGAUUUGGGAGAAUGUCACGUUGGACACCGUUGAGGAAAAUGUACCAAGGGCACGAGCCGGUCACUGCGCCGUUGGCAUUCAAAGUCGUCUGUACGUAUGGUCCGGCCGAGACGGUUACCGCAAAGCUUGGAACAACCAGGUUAGGGUCUGUUGUAAGGAUUUAUGGUACCUGGAGGUGACGAAACCACUCUAUGCAGUUAAAGUAGCACUAGUGCGUGCAUCCACGCAUGCGCUGGAACUUUCUUGGACGGCUACAACCUUUGCCGCUGCCUAUGUGCUUCAAAUUCAGAAGAUUGACCAAGCGCCAGCGAUAGGCAGCACAAAGCAGAGCCAUAGUCAGAGUCAGACUCUCAUUCAACAACCCACGACCACCGCCAAUGGAUCCGAAAGUACGCCUUUAGUUGCGUCUGCUGCAUUAAAAUUCGAAAAAAACCCAAUUUCAGUGUUGCAUCUCACUGGAGCCAAGAGUCCAUCAGUGGGUACUGGGCAGCCUAUUACGGCUUUAGUCAAGUCAUCCGUUGGACAACCUCAGGCUUUGGGCAGCGCUGUUUUCGUAGCCCAGACGCAGUCGCAAACGCAAAGUAGCCCCGUUCAAGUCAAGGCUGCUGGCUCAUUAACAGUGUCUGUUUCCUCGGAAACAACCCCCACAAUGUCAACGACAGCUAGCGUGCAGCCACAACUAUCGAUUAUUAGCAGCACUGCAUCAAGCAUCAACUCGGUAAAUAGCGGCAGCGCCAUUAUUCAAAAAUUUCGACCCAGUUCGUCCAUUUCUAAGACGUCGUUGGCUGCAACCUUAUCAUCUGCAACGACUUCUGCCACUGCUUCUCAAAUAAACGAGGGUAACAUUUGUGGUCAAAAUGUUGCUGUUCGUGUAGCAAAUACUGCAGCGACCAGUGGAUUAGUCCUCACCUCCCAGACAUCGACAGGAGCGUUGCGCAUUCUUCCUGGUGUGUCGACCAGUACUGGCGUGCCCGCUGGCCAAACACUACGCCUAGCCACAACAUAUAGCAAUACUGCAAGUGGCUCAACCACCACAACAAUACUAAAAGCGUCCCAGCCCAGUGCCACCGUGCAGCUGUCAAGCGGCGGAUCGCAGACAAGCUCCCCGGCAGCAACGGUUACUACGUCCCUUGGCGGCAAGCAGUAUUUCAUACAAAAACCACUUAACCUGGCUUCAAAUGUACAGCUGCAGUUUGUUAAAACAAGCAGUGGUGGUAUGACGGUGCAGACGUUACCUAAAGUCAACUUUAAUAUUGCAAAGAGUGCUACCCAGGGCCAGGCCAUCUCCAUUUGUAAUCAACAGCUGACCCCCGGUUCUACACAAAUUCAGAUUACGUCUGGCAGUAGUGUCCAGUCAAAGACAGUAAUGGCUACUGGUCAAAAUUUAAUGUCGACAUCUACUGGAGCGACUGGCUCACAUCAGCAAUCGCCGCUGCAGCAGCACCAGCAAAAACCAAUAGUUUCUGGCAAUGUUUUAAAGCUAGUAUCACCUCAUACAGUAUCUGGCGGCAAGUUGAUCAUGAAGAAUUCGAACAUUCUGCAGAUGGGCAAAGGGGGAAAGCCAGCUUUCGUCAUAACCAACAAGCACGGCACUCAGAUAGGCAACCAGCAAAUCAUUAUUGUUACCACCGGUGCCAGCUUGCGAACAGUGCCGGCUAGUUCUGUGGUGAGCAGUGCUGGUAGUUCGACAGGCGGUACAAGCAUAGUGAGCAUUGUUGGUUCGACAGGGACAACGGCUACGCCCAUUGCCGUUGGCGGACAGCGUGCAGUAAUAUCCAAUCAUAGUAACGUUAAGAUGGUUCGCAACAUACCGGGUGCCCCUGGUGCUGCUGGGCGACCCAUCACUCUGACCUUGCCACAAACAUCGUCGUCCGCACAUAUGUCUGGUAGCUCAAGUCAUGUAACGUCCCAGAAACUCACCGCCACGUCACUGCCGCAGAAAACUGCCGUGUAUAUUGGUGGCAAGCCAGUUACAGUAAUGAGUGCAAGUUCCGGCAUUGGCUCACCAGCUUCCAGUUCCACAAAUAAGUUGGUAAUGUUGCCAGGCGCAACGGCUGCGAGAAAGGGCUUUGUUAACAUUUUUAACACUGGUGGUGCAAGUGGUCCUGGAGGCGGCCAACGCACAUUGACAUUGGCUACCAGAAGUGCGCCAGUAAAGGCAGCGGCCGUGCAGCUAAAGGAGAAGGACAACAGUGCUGUUGAGUCAGCGGUUACAAUUGCCACGAUAGCUGAUUCAGCUUGCACCGACACCGAUCCUAUCGAUGAUAUUAUUGAGCAACUAGACGGUGCGGACGACUUACUAAAGCCGCUUACAAAUGAAGCCCGAGAACCUGAAGAUAUUGAUGAUGAUAAUGCCGCCGCAACUUCAACAUCAACACCGACAUUAGUUCAGUCGGCAACGCCUACCACUGGACCGUUAACCAUAAUGUCUGAUGCACAGGACACAGUGACAGAAAUUAAAAUUCCAGAGACUGUUGACGAUAUUUCCGGUGUUAGUAGUACUACGGAUGUGCAGAAAACAUCGAAUGCAACUAGAGAUAGAAAUGCCGUAAUUGGAGCACGCGCAGCCGACAAUAUCGACUCGAAUUCGGGUUUCCCUGCAGCCGUUACAACCACUGCAACGGACUGCAAUCAGCCAACGGCAUCUGAGACUGAGGCUGCAAAUAUAUUAACUACUAUUAAAUCAGGUGAGGCCUUGGGCAGUAGCGGUAGUAUUUACAAAGAUACUGCGAUAUCAACUACAAGCGAAUCCGACUUAGACCAAAACCCUUUAUCGAUUCCCGUUCUCCGGCAGCAUCAUCACCAAAACGUAGACGGCUCUCAUUUGGAGGCCCUUGCUUCUGCAGCUGUAAUGCAAGCGGCCACCGCUUCAGCCGAUUCAAGUCAGGCAGCCAGGAGCCUACUUGAUAACUCGUCAGCCGCCCAUCUCAGCAGUAUAAGCUACAAAUCCACUGAACAACAAAAAAACAGCAAUGACAACAAUGUCCCUGUCACCGUUCCUAAUACAAUUGACGACAAUGAUAAGUGGCAUACGGUGGGCAUAUUCAAGGAACUGUCACAUACUGUAACUAGCUAUAUUGAUUAUAAGUACUUUAACGAGGCUCAGCUAGAAAAUUUUGACGCCGAUAAUCUGCCAGACUUAGCUCAAUAUCCGCGCAUCAGUUUGGAUCCAGGAACCGCCUAUCGUUUUCGUCUAGCUGCCCUUAAUACAUGUGGUCGUGGCGAAUGGGGGGAGAUCUCGAGCUUUAAGACCUGCCUACCUGGUUUCCCUGGCGCACCGUCGGCCAUCAAGAUAUCCAAGGAUGUUAAAGAGGGUGCACACUUAACUUGGGAACCUCCUCCAGCGCAAAAGACAAAGGAAAUAGUUGAGUACUCGGUUUACCUUGCCGUAAAGCCCACUACGAAAGACAAGGUGGCAUCACCACAGUUGGCUUUUGUUCGCGUUUAUGUUGGGGCGGCAAACCAAUGUACAGUACCCAAUGCAUCGCUUUCUAACGCACAUGUUGACUGCUCCAAUAAACCGGCUAUUAUCUUCCGAAUCGCUGCGCGCAAUCAGAAGGGAUAUGGCCCAGCGACGCAAGUCAGAUGGCUACAAGAUCCGACUACAACCAAGCUGCAAGGUGCCGCAAAUACGACUAGCUUAAAGCGUACCCAGGAAAAGACUGCCGCAUCUCCUGCAAGCAGCUACAGCUCACCGCAAAAACGUGCACGCAGCACUGGUCUGCAGGGCAUGGAAUGAUUAUCAUCUACAUUUCAAAGCUAAUUCGAAAAUAAAUUGUACAGUGUCCUCAGUAGUAACAGGAUCCAGUUGGAAAUGCUGUUAAAAAGGCUUCCAUUAGAAAAGGAUUCUCACCACCGUCAAUAAUAGACAAGAAAGGGCGUGGUAAGACGUAUUAGUUUAAAAUUAUUAUAUGCCUGCAUGCUAUAUACACAUGUUGUUUUAAGUCCGAAAGUCGAAAGUAACACACCAAUUGAUCCAUAUUGUGAAUAAACAUGAAUUCUAAACCAUAA